UGGAAGGAGAUGGGUGAUGGGAACGAUGAGAAGAUUAAUAGUAGUGUAGAUUUAGUAAAUAGUUUGACAGUGUUGAGGGAAUUAUUUGUUUAGCAGAGUGAUGGCGUUCGGGGAAAAAUUGUUCUUGUGUCUAGUUAUUCUGGUGUGCUUUAUAGUGUCGUUUUGAGGGUAGGAGUUGAAACAGUUUAUGUCCAAGAUGUGAGGGGUCUGUAAAUAUUUUCACAGCCCUCUUUUUGACUUGUGUAGUAUACAGGUCCUCAAUGGAAGGCAGACAGUUUGGUUGUUCGUGUGAAAAAUGGGCUUAAAAGUUCGAAGUACAGACCUGUUGAUUAUGAAGAACUCUAUGCAAUUACUGAAGCGAAGAAAUUACAGUCUGCUAACAUCCUUUUAAAGAUUAAAAAAUUACAGCAUGCUUCAAAAAUUAACAAGGAACACAUGCUGCUGAAAAGUCAUCACCAAGUAUGGUGGAAAGAGCACAAAAGAUUGCACGAAAACAGGCAGAAGUUAGAAUCUGAAAUUCAAACAUUCUUUGAUGAAGAAAAUGAGUGUUUUUUCGACUUGUGGGAUUUGCGAUAUAAAUUAACAAAAGGCUUGGAUACAUUUCAAGCAAACACAGUGCAACCUGUCUGGCAGCUAAGGGAAGAUUUAAGGUUCAGACUAUUAGAAAUGCAAACCAACUGCAAAGGUGUGGAAUAUCAGUUUAAUCCAGAUGCUGUAUUAGAAGAGAUAGAGUUUGUGAAGAAACAACAGAAAGCAAUUUUGGGAAAGCUUCAUCUGGAGAGAAUAGCUUUGGAAAAGGAGCUUGAGGAAUUUAUAGAUGAAGCCCUGGCAUGUACUUUAGAGGAAAGGACCACAUUUGUACCUGAGGUUCCACCACAGUUACUGGAGCUGGAAUGCCCAUAUCCUGAUCUGAAGGCUUCGGUGCUUACUGAAUUUUAUAAACUUGCAGAUGAUUAUUCUUUGAAGAUCCAAGAAGUUGAUCAAGACUUAAAAAACAUAGCGAGCCAUUUCCAGUGGAGUAAAGAAGAUCUUUGGACAUAUCAGGUCGUCACUGGUCAGUAUCCAAGUGACAUGCAAGGUAGAAGAACGCUCUAUUUGGAUAUGCUUCAGAAACUUCUACCUCACAAAUCUAGACAAAGCCUUAUUGCUCAUGAAAAGUCUUGGGACCACUAUUACUUUACCAGGAACCAAUUGAGAGUGCUGAUGUUCAACUGGGUGCAAGCUAGGAAAACAUUCUUAGUGAAGGCGGUGAUGACUCUCUCAGAAGCUUGCGCUGCUUAUGAGACUGAAAUGAUGGUGGCUAAUAAUAGAAGAAAACAGCAGGAAAUAUGUGCUAAUCUGAAAGAGAAGGUGUUGUUGUGGCGUGCUCAGCAAGAGGAGGCUGCCCGGCUGGAAGCUGCAAUUGCCGCCCGAAGAAAAGAAGAAGAAGAUGAAAAGGAGAAGUUUCGGAAAGAGAAAGAAUGGCUUCAAAGAGCUGAAGAGAAAGAAAAAGUGAAAAAAUAUUGGGCUGAAAAACAGCGCAAGUGGCAAGAAAGGGAAGCCAAAGACCUCCUGCGUUUGGCAGAAUUUAAAAAAUUAAUGGCUGAGCAGAUCAUUAAAGACAAAGAGAGAGUUCAGUUUAGGCAAAAGCUGUUGGAAAAACGUUUGAUGGAGAAAAAAGUGGCAAUCCUCAAGGAAAUCCAGGAAGAAGAAGAAAGGAAGAAGCGCCUUGAUGCUCUCAGGAAACAGGUUGCUAUUGUGGCAGAAUUUGAUCCUGCUCGGAUGGUGGCGGAUACAGUGGCCUCUAAAGCACGGAUGGGUAUUGGAACUGAAGAAGAAUUUAUUCUACAGAAACCUCUGUUUGUGUUGCAUACAUUCAGUGAUGAGCAGAUAAUUUCUGAUACCCGAGUUCGUGUUGAGCUGGCUCUCCGAGAAGCUGGACUUCAUAGCACAGCUUAUGCUCAAGAGCUUUUACCUAAAAUCCCUCCACCUAAACUUCCAAGGAGAGACAUGGUCUCCACAAUUUUUAAAAUAUAGAGCUUGGUAACAUAGCCAAAUCCUUUAAUUUUUUUCCCCAAAAAAACCCAACACUUUUCCUAACCAGUAAGAAUGCAUAAAUAAAUUAUUAUAAUUAAAAAACUAAGAUGGAUACUGAGUUGAAGGUGUUUUCUUUUCCUUUAUAGAGAAAAUAUAUUGAAAAAUAAUGUAUUGCCCAGGGGUUUUCAAUAGACUAUCUGUUUCCCCACCCUCCCACCCACCCACAUCUGCCCCCAAAUCUUAAACAUUGCUGAAUGGACUUUGUCUUAGAACAAUUUACUGAAGCUGCAGUCUAAUUAUUUUUAGAGGAAAUCAUCUUUCUCAAUGAACACCUGCAGGAAAUUACAACCUGUACUUGGCUAUCCAUAUAUCCAUAUGGGAAUGUACCGUAUAUACUUGUUUGCAUCAAGGCUAGAAAAGCAGCAGGUGGCCCUGAAUUCAACCGGAAUAUCCAGAAUUCAGACCCAAUCCUCUGCAGAGCUCACUGGCUAAUCUUGAGCAAUCUGUUGGGAGAGAUUAACCCAAACUUUUAUAUAAAUUCAUGAGGCACCUUUGGAUGCCUUCCUGUUUCUGUUCCCAAUUGGACUCCUGCCCUCUUUUCUUUCCAAGUCUCUGGAAACCAUUCUGCAAUGGUUUUUAGACAACCAAUUUUCUUAAAGACAGAUUCCCAAUUUCAGAAUUAAUCCGUUCAUACCAAUGUACAACAGCUUCUUUUACAUGGGUAGUAAUAGCCCACUUCAUUUUCAUGGCAAGUUCUAUUACUUGAUUUUUAAUAAUAAUAAUAAAUCCUCCAUUAACAUGAGCUUCUCCGGCUUGAUUCUUAUUCUUAUUCUUAUUAUAAUACAUGGAAAAAGGAAAGUUUCCUUACUUAUGGAAACCAAUAUGAUUCAUCAUGUUUACCACAAACCAAUCAUCAAACAAUUUUCAUUCUGUAAAUGAAUUUGGUAAUUUUUAAAAUUUAUUUGCAGUGUUUUAGCAACAAGAGUCCUUA